UGGCUUUUCCUUUUUUUAACUGAGUAACUAAUGAGGUCUUUUAUAGCCAAAGUGAAUAUUAUGACACCUAUUAACAUCAACAGACAAACGUCCCCCAUUUCGUGAUUCCCUUCAACCACCACACGCCGCAGCGUUGAAGAGCUAAUCAUUAAGGGCAAUAAAACGGCCGGUUAUAUCACCUAGAUUCACUUAAAUUCCUGACACCCUCUCCGCGGAGUUUGGGCUCAGACGCGGGACGGCGGUGGCACAGGCAGCAGUCAUGGAUCAGCAGCGCAGCAGACCAACGUGGAGCAGGCAGAUAGAGUUCACUCUGGCCGGCAUCGGCUGUGCUGUGGGACUGGGCAACGUCUGGAGGUUCCCCUAUCUGUGCUACAGGAGCGGAGGAGGCGCCUUCCUGGUGCCGUACCUGCUGAUGCUGGUGGUGCUGGGGAUCCCCCUGCUCUACAUGGAGCUGACGGUGGGCCAGUACACGAGGAGGGGGCCCGUGCACGCGCUGGCCAGCGUCUGCCCGCUGCUGAAAGGCGUGGGCGUGGCAUCAGUGGCCAUCUCCUUCAUCAUGUGCAUCUACUACAACGUGGUCAUCACCUGGGCCCUCUAUUACCUCUUCAGCUCCUUCCAGGCGCCUCUGCCCUGGCAGAACUGCAACAACACCUGGAACACUCCUAACUGCACCCACCACGCCACCAACAGCAGUGCCUCCUCCACCGCCAGCCAGGAGUUUUUCAAGUAUAAGAUGCUGGAGCAGACCAGCGGGGUGGAGGAGGCGGGAGCAGUGCGCUGGGAUCUCCUCCUCAUCCUCCUCCUGGGUUGGAUCCUCAUCUACCUCUGCAUCUUUAAGGGGGUGAAGUCGACAGGCAAGGUGGUGUACUUCACGGCUCUGUUCCCGUACGUCAUCCUGAUCGCCCUGCUCAUCAAUAACACGCAGCUUCCCGGAGCGCUGGAUGGAAUAAAGUUCUUCAUCGUGCCGGAAUGGGCCAGGCUGCUGUCAGUGGAGGUGUGGGUGAACGCAGCAGCUCAGAUCUUUAACUCUAUUGGGAUUGGCUUCGGCUCCCUCAUGGCCAUGUCCAGCUACAACUCCUUCCACAACAACGUGCUGAAAGACACCCUGACUAUCGCCAUCAUCAACUCCUGCACCAGCAUCUUGGCAGGCUUCGUCAUUUUCUCUGCCUUUGGGUACAUGUCUCAUCUGCAGGGCAUUCCUGUCAGUGAUCUGGCUGUGGAUGGCCCCGGACUGGUUUAUGUUGUUUACCCACAAGCCUUUGCCAACAUGCCAGUGGCUCAGCUCUGGGCUGUGAUGUUCUUCUUCAUGCUGCUUUGCCUCGGGCUGGACAGUGAGUUUGCAAUGGUUGAGGUGAUGGUGACCAGCCUCAUGGAUCAGUUCUACCAGCCCCUGAUGAAGCUUUUCAAGAGGAAAGAGCUGUUUGUUCUUGCUGUUUGUGCUGCAGCCUUCCUGUUAGGGAUACCUUGCGUCAUGCAGGUGGGGAUCUAUGUUUUCCAGCUGAUGGACCAUUACACAGCAAUAGUGUCUAUAAUGUUUCUUGCAUUCUUUGAAGUUGUAGCCACAUGCUGGUGUUAUGGUGUGACCCGACUCUCAGACAACCUGGAGGAGAUGACUGGGAAAAGGGCCAACAUCUUCUUCCGCCUGUGUUGGCUGGUAGUCGCUCCUGUGCUGGUCACUGUUAUCCUCAUUUUCUCCAUCAUCCAGUUCAAACCGGCUCGCUACGAAAGCUACGUGUUUCCUCCCUGGGCCCAGGGGGUCGGCUGGGUCAUUGCCAUGGCCUCUAUCGUCUGGAUCCCCGUGGGUGCCGCUCACACACUGUGGGUGCUGCCUGGCUCGUUGUUGCAGAGGCUCAAGCUGUCCAUCACACCUGGAGGACUGGAUGAGAUGUCAAAGAUGCCAUAUUAUGAGAGGGGAGGGAAGGAUGGACACCCAGGCAUAGCUACCAUCAGCUCCAACAUCCAGCUCACACAAAAACCUACCCAAACCUACUUUUGAUACCUCAACCCACCAUAUAUUUACCACGUCUCCAUUAGUGAUAUAGUUUUAGCACAGUUAAUCAGAAAUUGACUAAUCAGAAGCCUGACAUGAUUUACAUACCUAAAAAUGUGUUACUGCAUAUCUGCUAUGCAGAUAAGUUAAAGUGGCCAUUUUUGUGAGCCAGUACAUGUGUUGACCUUAUGCUUUAUUGUUUAUCUUGUGGA